AUGGCAACUCUGAGAGAUACCAUGCACGCGGUCUCUCUAGUUGACAUGGUGGCUUUGGUCAGGGGCUCAGUGGUCAAUCUUGGCUUCUGGGGAUGGAUUCUGAUCACAGGGGUUAUGCUUCUUGCCAUCCCGACCUACAUAUUCAUCUACAAUAUCUGGUUCCAUCCACUAGCCGCCUUCCCAGGCCCUCUCAUGUACCGGGCCUUUGACUCGUUCAAGGUCUACCAGCAGCUGACUGGCAACAUCAACCACCGGCUGCACGCGGCUCACGAGAAGUACGGCGACGUGGUCCGCAUCGCCCCCUGGCAGCUGUCGUACACGACCGCCACGGCCUGGACUGACAUCACGGCCGGACACAAGGGCCAGAUCCCGACGAACCCAGCCUACGGCCAGGCCGAGAAGGAUCUCUUUGGUGCGAGCGGCUUCCUGUGGGUCGGCAACGACGAGCACGCCCGUCACCGUAGGGUCCUCUCCCCGGCCUUCUCCGACAGGUCGCUCAGGGAGCAGGAGCCUGUCGUUUCAAAAUACCUGGACCUGCUGGUGGCCCGGAUGAAGGAGAGAUCGGGGGACGUGGUUGACUUUUGGCUGUGGAUGAACUUUACCACCUUUGACAUUAUUGGCGACUUGACGUUUGGCGAGUCGUUUGACUGUCUGCUGGAGUCGAGGCUCCACCCCUGGGUCGACUACCUCAUGUCCCGGCUGCACAUGAUGAUGUACGGCCAGAUAAUGAGCACCAUGGGCAACCUCGGCGUGCUCGUCGAGAUGAUGGUUCCGAAGCGCAUCAUGGACGAGGCCAAGCGGCACGUAUCCCUGGCCAAGGACAAGGUCAACCGGCGCAUCGCCCGCACCACGGACCGGCCCGAUUUUAUGACGCAGAUCCUGGCCCACACCACCAUCGACACCGAGGCGGCCGGCGAGAGCAAGCACAAGAACCGCCUGUCGCUGCCGGAGCUGUACGCCGACACGCAGAUCAUGGUGAUUGCCGGAUCCGAGACGUCGGCGGGCCUCAUCACGGCCGCCGCGUACUUUUUGCUGCGCAACCCCAAGGCGAUGGGCCGGCUGGUGCGCGAAAUCAGGGGCACGUUUGCGCAAGAGACGGACAUGGGCAACGCCGCCGUCAGCAAGCUGCCGUACCUCAACGCCGUCGUCAACGAGUCGCUGCGCAUGCGCCCGCCGCUGCCCUCGGGCAUCGACCGCAAGGUCGGCGCGGGCGGCGCCGUGGUCGACGGCAAAUUCCUGGCCCCGGGCACGUCGCUGCAGGUGACGCACUGGGCGGCGUACCACUCGGCGCGCAACUUUGCCGAGCCGUGGUCGUUCCGGCCGGAGCGAUGGCUCUCGGAACGGGAGGCGGAGGAGGACGUGUCUGUGUUUGCCGGCGACAACAAGGCCGUGUUUCAGCCGUUUGGCGUCGGGUCGCGCGGGUGCCUGGGCCGCGGGUUGGCGUACAUGGAGACGCGGCUGACGCUGGCCAGGCUGGUCUGGAACUUUGACAUGGAGCUCAUGGCCGACAGCGCCGACUGGGCGGACCAGCGCGUGUGGAUGCUGUACGAGAAGAAGCCGCUCAACUUGAGGCUGGUCCCGCGGGGGAUGGCGGAGAGCUAUGAAUUGUCUGCGCAGACCCGGGAUCGGCUGUGGCAUACGGCUGGAGAGUCCAAGGUAGACGUGAGGGGAUGA